AUGCCCCUGGAGUAUCACAAGUUUCGCCAGGCCGUGGAUGAGCAGUGGGAUCUCACGAGGAUCCUCACGGAGUUUGUAUUCAUGGAGAUUCGUCUGGACAAGGAGUCCACCGACCUGAUGCCCAUCGUGAGCCCACAACUCAGCCCACCCGAUGCCGUGCGUCGCAUCAAAGAGCACCUAUCUAGGUUGUUCGUGCUCAUGUACAACCUUCUGGCCGCUGUGAACGACCGGGAGGGCGAUGUUCAACAAAGGGCCGCUUUACACCGCUUUCGCGGUAUCAAGGAACCCGGCAAUAAGGUCCUCUUGACUAUCGCCAAAGAGGACCUACAGGGUUACUCGACGACCUUGCCGAGUCUUGACCCGGGGACCCCCGCCGCCGACAUGGUGCUGCACAUGCAGCACAACUUCUCCUCCGCUUUCGACGUGUUUACCGACCGCCUCCCCGCGAACGCCUUGUCGUACGCUCUGUCGGGAUGCCGCAAGCGCAUGCGCAAGGCCGUCUUGGAAGAGCAAAUGAAGGAGAAGCACGCCAGGAACAAGGAGCAGGCCAAGGCCCAGGGAAAACGCGUUCGGCCCAGGCACACGGCCAAGGCGAGUGCGAAUACGAGCACGAAUACAAAAGUGAAGGGGGCGGGGAAUGCGAAGGCGCAGGGUAAACGGGCCGGGCGAAACGCGCCAAUCGAGCCGGAAGGCAUUAUCACGUACACUGACCGCAACACUGCUCAAGGCAAUGCCGUUACGAGAGAGCUGGGCAUCGCUGGCUCUGAUGGGGACAUCCAGUCACCCGUAUGCCCUGAUGAGAGCAGCAUGGAUAUGAGCGAUAUGGCUGUUGAUGCUUGCAACACGACCGCUGAGACUCAGGCGGCACCACUUGCUCCAGGUGCCGUCGCCACCUCACAGGAGCAUUCAAGCCUCCCGGACGGACAACCGGAGCACACGUCGAUCAUCGAGGAAAAAGACCAGUUCUUCGAGUGGAAGAAGAGCGGACGUAGCAUAUUGGAAGUGUCGAACCGGAGCACAGGCCGCCCCCAGUAG